AUGUUUGCCUCGGUUCCUUUAUUCCUCGCUUUAGCGGGGAGUGCUCUCUCGACUCCAGCUAAUGUCCUAUUCAAGAGAGGCGACACCGUGGAUAAUAAUUCCUGUUUCAAUGAUCCGAACCUCCCGGCACCUCAGCCUAAGAGCCUUGGUGGCCUUGAUCAUAACUGGAUGACACUCCACUGCGAUAUUCCGGAGGUUGCUAACGUCGGAGGGAAAUACUCGCCGCGCGAACGAUGGGUUGCAGCCCAGGCAACCAACGCCCUUGCUGCAGCUCAGAUCUGCUGGAUAAUGUCCAAGGACCAAACGGCCAACAAGUUCACCUUCUCGCAGAGUGUAAGCAACUUUAUUCAUGGCAAGGACGGCAUGAAGUGCGAGAUACUUGAUGCUUCUGGCGGAUCUCUCUCUGGUUGCAGCGAGACAAGCGUAUGUGACGAAGCUGGCCAUGCUGCCGGCUUUCAAAUCCUCAAUUCUAUGGCCACAAUUCAUAGAGUGCAUCAGGGAACGUACGAUGCUCUGGAGGCAGCGAAGGUUAACAUCAUUGGGAGAGUCGGCGAGUUUGCGAAAGUUUUUUCUCCUCGAAUAGACGAGCUGAGAGCGUUGAAGAUUUUUCUGGAUGUCAUCGGGAUGGGAUUCGCGCUUGCUGCAGCGCCGGUGUGGAACUCUGCGCUCAAGGUUGGAUGGCUUGCUUCCAAUGGCAACACCCUCGGAACGCUUAAAGAUUCCGUCAAUGGGAUGGUGUCUAAUGGUCUAACGCUUGGCAAAGAUGUUGCUACUCAAGCCAACAGCGCCCUUGGAGCCCAGAACAGCCUAUCAAACAGAAUCACCAUCCUUAUUAAUGCAUGGAAACAGAAGGUCGCGGAUACGAAUGCUAUGAUGUUCUCCGGCAGCAACGAUCAUAGUGGAAUGCAGUUACUAUUGAACAUGAUGGAUGAAGGGAAGCUCCUUGAUUAUACCGACAUCGUUAAGACAUCUCUGGCUGGCCCAAUUAUCGAGAGGAUACUUUGGGCUAUCAUGAUUCCUUGGGCUUGGUCUAUGUCAAACGCUGGCAUUUACCCAUUCAUUAUGAUUUCCGAUGAUGAAGGCGAGCGGAACCGAUGCACCAAUCUAGAGACAGGAAAGAAAUACAUUGCUGACUACGAAAAAGUCUUUGUCUGUGUUGAUGGCAAGUCCUACUGGCUCGUGAAUGUCGCUGGAGGAGCACAAGUAUCAUGUGGCUAUUACGACCAAGACGUAAUUUGUGAAGACAACUAUUUCAGCCCACUGCCUGGAACUGACCAGCUUCUCACUAAUGGAAAAAACAAUCCUUGGGGAAGUUUGACCAUAGGCGACAUUGUCACUAGCUCAAUCAAUAGUUACAAAGCCAAUGGCAACAAGCCUGGCUUUGUCUUGGACAUGUCAAAGGGCUCAUCCGUCGAUGAGCUUGCUUCGAAAGGGGUACAGGCCGCAGGGGUUUUUACUCUACCAAUAUGUACCAGAGAGGAGGCAUGGUAUAACUGGUUUGACGGUCCUCUCGCCAGUAAAGCGAAGAACUAUCCUUGUAACUGA